AUGCACCCACCAGAUGCAUCUGUCCACCCGGCUCAGCUAGACCGCCAACAUGCCCAAUCUAUACCCUCACAGCCCAUCCCAGAACGGCCCCGCGCUACCGGGUUUAUGGUACAGAAGCGCUCGACAUCCCUCAAGCUCAAUAGACCCUCCACAGCACCCACAGGAGAUGGCCAGGUUAUACUUCCGUCAAUAUCAUCGGGCCAAGCCAAUACUCCAAGCGAAUUCUCCCUCGAACCAUCAUCAUCCGCCGAUGGAGCCUUUCCAAAUCUCUCCGAGCCCAAAUCCACACGUCGGGAUGCAGUCUACGCCAUGCAUACACUGUUGGAGGACGAUGCGGAUUUUCUUUCUGGGUCGCUAGAGCCUCGUGCAAACGCGUCCUUACGGGGCGCUGAUUUGCCGACGACGAUCCCGAGUGAUAAUCUAUCAAGUUCAGCAAAUCCGGACUACGAUUGGGCUACGUUUAUCACCGCGUACGCUGCAGGACGAUGGGAUCCACAUAGAACUCCCAAUCCUCCACGCUCAUGUCAGCGUAUAUCAGAGGCAUUCCGUCGUUUCCCUCUCGCAGAUCCAGCCAAAUCUCUUGAUAAGGAGACUCCUAAACUACUCUCCUCGACAUCUUUGACAGACCUCCCGAAAGCCGCCUCAGAGAAUAUCGCACCACUGGGCUCUUCUAACAAAAUUGGUGAACAGCCCUCCCUUCUUCCUUCAGUGUCGGACUUCAAUGCUUCCCCAACGGUUCAUCGCAGACCUCGCCCCCCUUUCCCUCUCCAACUAGUUCUUCCUGCCCAUCGCAUGCGUAAUUCGAUAUCGACUUCAUUGCCCAAUCCUUCGGCAAAUCAACCUCCUUCGUCUUCUAUAUCCAAUGCCGAUGUCCACGCAACUGUAGCUACAAUGCGUUGGGCGGCUGCCCGAGUCGAUAUCUCCCCUUUAGCGCUCCCUUCCCCCGAACAUGAGCUUACAGACCCGAUGCGUGGCGUUACCGCAACGAUUCCAGGGUCACACUCCAAGGACUCAAGUUUAAAUAACGAUUAUGCGAUUACACCUGGCGGAACACGUCGAUCAAGGCUAUCAGAUUUUUGGGAGGGCACUACGGAUAUUGAAAACGGAACUACAGGCCUGUCGCAAUUGACCACCGUGCAAGCUAGCCCAGCCGAUCCCGUCGCAGAUCCAAAAGCCGUCGAAGUGCUUCAUCCGAAUGGCGAAACGUCGACCAUCCUCGCGCAAGACCCGGUGUCGUCGUCUGCCCCAAUGAACGCGUCACUGUCUCUAUUAGUGGCUCCUCCGGCAACUGCACCAGUCCUUCAAGAAGCCCGGAGCACCCCGAUGGUGACCACAGAUUAUUUUGGGGACGUACGACCGGCGAUCCAAGUUGCAGUCAAUCCGCCGGACCCACCUCCGAUCUCAGCGCCUCUUUCAGCACCUUCAACUCAAGUGCUCAUGCGCACCGAUAAUGCAAUUCCAGAGAGCGGUGCAUCGACCGUGCCGGCGGCCCUGCCACGCCGCGUGUGCUUGACGCGUCAGACAUCCUCGCCGUUGCCUGUAUCCUCCCCACCAGAGUCCCGGUACGCAGGCGGACGAUUGCACUCCGAGAGCCUCGCGUCCGUCAAGAUGGGGCGUGCGGCAAAGGAGGAGCAAAUGUUCUCGGAUCUGGGAUACCUGGCGCCACCCAACCCACCGGACGAGCUCGAGCGGCGACGUGCGUUGUACAAGUUCAACAUCUGGAACACUGGCCCUGACAUAAAUUUCGACCGCAUCGCACAUUUGGCGAAACUCGUGUUUCACACGAAGGGCGUAAUGAUUUCGUUGAUUGACUGUAAUGAGCAAUGGUUCAAGUCAGAAUGGGGCCUGAAGGCGCCAAGCUGUGCCAGGGCUCACUCAUUCUGCGGACACACGGUACUCCAGCGUGGUGACGAACCCAUGGUUGUGUUGGACGCUCAAAAUGACUGGAGAUUUGCCAAAAAUCCUCUGACUACUGGACCGCCAUUCAUACGCUUUUAUGCGGGUGCGCCGCUACGGACUCAGGAAGGCUUCAACAUUGGAACACUUGCUGUCAUUGAUGACCUACCUCGAGAAGAAUUUGCACCGAGGCAGCGGCAUACGCUCAAAGAAUUUGCCGCGAUUGCGAUGCGCGAAAUGGAGCUUUGGCGUGACAAGAUCCAGCUGCGAAUACGAGACCGAAUCCAGACCUCGAUGGAGCAAUUCAGUCGUGAAUGCCUCGAAAUCGACUCAGAAGUCCAUGACCACGAACGGCCUGACCUCAAUCUCGGCUCAUCAAUGGACAAGGUGUAUGACCGCGCCGCCAAGCUCGUCAAGCGGACGUUGGACGUCGAGGGUGUCAUCGUUAUGGAUGUAUCACACUGCGAAGUCUUGGAAUCCAUGAGCGCUGAAGGCAGUGUUUCCGUCACCAUGCAUCACGGAGAACCUGGCGAAGAAAUGACAAAACGCCAACUAACCACAGAAGAAUACCAUAAGCUAAACUCGUUCUUUGCAAAGCACCCCGAUGGGAGGAUAUCGGAAGGCAUUAUUCCACCUAGCUUCAAGCCUUUCUUGCCGACCCAUGUCCAGUAUGCCCUCACUGUACCAAUCUAUAACAUAGAUAAACGGCCGUUUGCUCUCAUCUGUGCUUAUAACGCCAAUGAUCAUGCGAAACGUUUCUUGGAAGGACACGAAUUAUCAUAUCUACGUGCUAUAGGAGUUAUCAUUUUAUCUGCUGUCUUGAAACGGAGGAUGAUUCUUGCUGAUAAAGCUAAAGGGCUCUUUAUAUCCAACAUCUCACAUGAGCUACGCACACCGUUGCAUGGGAUACUGGCUGCCGCUGAGCUCCUCAGUGAGAGUUCGCUGAACCAUUCGCAGGCCUCCUUCCUGCAGACUGUACAAGCAUGCGGAACCUCCCUCGUGGAGACGGUCAACCACGUUCUCGAUUUCACCAAACUGAGUGGCAAUACCAAGGGUGGCGGUGUAGAGAACGUCAUUGUUCCAACAACGGUCGAUUUAAUGCAACUUGUUGAGGAGGCCGUUGAUGGAUGCUGGAUAGGACAUCGUGCACGCACCGCCAUUAUGGGUGAUUCCGGUAUUGGGAGUGUAUAUUCACCACCCAAGGAAGACCAAGGAUCUCCUGCCGCUACGCGUCGAAAACACGUCGAGACCGUCGUUGAUAUCGGGUAUCGUGCUGAGGGCUGGUCGGUCAAAUGCGAGAAGGGCGGCAUAAGACGCGUCUUGAUGAACCUUUUUGGGAACAGUUUAAAGUUCACGUCGGACGGUUACAUACAUGUCCUUUUACGACAAUUGCCUUGUUCGGAAGAUUUCUCACCGAGUAAGGUUAAGGUCGAGCUGGCGGUGUCCGAUACCGGCAAGGGAAUGAGUCAGAACUUCCUCAAGAAUCAACUCUUCCACCCCUUUUCACAAGAAAAUCCACUCCAAACUGGCACUGGGUUAGGUCUCGCCAUUGUCAGCAGCAUCGUCACUUCCGAGAAUGUGGGCGGAAAGGUUGACGUUUGGAGUGAAGAAAGUGUCGGAACCGAGAUCAAGGUUGUCUUUCCUGCCGAGGUUGCCGAUACCACUCACAAGGCCCCAGCUCUGGAAAUGGAAUCGUUCAAGGACGAGAUGUCCGAUAACCUACCGACCGUAUCUCUGUUCGGCUUCUCUAGUCCCCACAAAGGCGUUCAGCUGCUCAACCGUUCAGUUCGGACAUACCUCACGAAGUGGUGGGGAUUCGAAGUGGUGGAAGAUGGUGAUAUCAUCAUCGUCAACGACGAUCCAGCUCCAGUGGUUGCUGCCACAGAACGUCGUGACACCAGCCAUCCUUUCAUCAUCCUUUCCUCCGCCCGAGGGAGUCCUGUGAUUAUGUCCAUUGCCAGCGAGCAUGAGCGUAUCGGUGGAUUCUGUCGGAUUUUGUACAAACCAGGCGGACCUUCUCGACUUCGUGUGAUCCUAAAGCUUAGUCUCCACGCUCUUGUGAUUGGGAAAUCCCGGGAAAUGUCGCCACUGCGUUUAAACAAAGAUGCGGCAACCGGGUCCGAAAAGGAUCGAUCUGUAUCUGGCUCGGGCAUUCCGAGACGGAACUCUGAAGAGACUCAUGCUCGGACGCGCAGUAACCUUAACAGACCUACGAUGACACCUCGGUCGUCGACAGCCCACCCUGUUCCUGCUGUGUGGCGCCGUCCAUCUCCUAUCUCGGAUAUACCCGACUCGCCGGACCCCGAUGCGCCUGUUCCAACAAUCACCAUCGGAUCCAGCGGUACAUUGCUGGAGGCAUCUAUAGGCAGUCUUGAACCCGAUGAUAAUGAACACCGAUUCCGAGUUUUAGUCGUUGAAGACAAUACCAUACUUCGAAACCUCUUAAUCAAAUGGCUUUCAAACAAAGGUUACGAUUUCCGUGCAGCGGUAGAUGGCCGCGAUGGGGUCAAUGUCUUCGAGAAAGAAGGACCAUUCGAUGUUGUGCUUUUGGACCUGUCAAUGCCCAUUCUGGAUGGCAAGUCGUUUCAACAGCGUCAUGAGACUCCUUAA